AAAUGAACACAUCCAAGCAUCAUUACAUAACGACAGUAUUACCACCGUCGCCUUCCUCAACAUUUCAGCAAAAUAAUGUCGCAUCCAAUGCAACCCCCAUCCCCUUCCGGAAACAGUGCUUUUCCAUAUUUCCCCCCAAUUCAGCCAGGCCGUGAUCCCAUUUCCGAACUUAAGGAACUUGUUGAGCGAGAAAAUAAGGAGCGUCCACUUGAUAAACGCAUCGUCUUUACAACUCCCGAUGCCGACUUCAUCAAUAACGAGUGGGUGUCGGUGUUAGAGUACACGAGCUCGAAAACUGGGAAAACUUAUCGUGAGAUUGGUCGAUCAAUUGGGAAAAAGAAAUUGGCAGCCAGUGAAGCAUGUCGACUAGUCCUCUCAAAAUAUCAGGAAGACACCCAACUGAAUCCAUCAUUUUCCAGGAUGGCAAUUUUGGAAACGCGAACUCCAGUCACAACAACCCCAAGUCCCACAUUAGUGUCUAGUAAUUCUGCACCAGAAGUAUCCCAAGCACUUGACACAUCCUUAUAUUCGCCAGUAUCGUCAUCAAGGUCCCUUCCUUUAAGUAACCAGUUGGUCUCGUCAAUUAGUCCAGACUUCAAUAGGAGUAAUUCCUCUCUAGAUGAACAACAACACUCAACCCCACAAUUGUCUAACCAUAAAGGAAAUGCGACACAAGUAGGACAUUCAAUAUGGAUAUACCCAGACAUUAUCCUUGGUAAAGGAGGAAUGGGCCGUGUAUACGAGGGUUAUCAUGAGGACCCCUCUAAACGGGCUGCCGUGAAGAAGGUGAAUCUGUCCCAAAGCAGCAAAAGCAAUCUUGAAAUUAUUAUACAUAGAGGUUUAGAUCAUGCCAAUAUUGUCCGCUAUUUCGCAUCCAAUCCAACUCAACUAAAUGGAGACACAUUUAUCGCAAUGGAACUUGGAGACGAUACUUUACAAGAUGUAAUUCGCUACGAGAAAUACAAAUCUCGCUAUGACUUGCGAAAAUACAUGACACAAGUUGCACAAGGACUUUCCUUCCUUCACGAAGCAAAAAUUAUUCAUCGGGAUUUGAAACCAAGGAAUAUUUUAAUUUUCAAGGGAACGAUUGCGAAGAUUGCUGAUUUCGGGAUUAGUCGAGAAGUAGAGAGUAUUGAUGAAGGAGGGGUGACAAUGCACGUUGCUGGAUCACAUGGGUGGAUGGCACCUGAAACUUCCAAUAAGUAUUCUGGACACGGGGACAUAUUUUCAUUCGGGUUGAUAAUUUUUUACACAAUGAGCUACAACCAUCGACACGCUUUCGAGGAAAAGGGGUACAAAAGUGAGACUGCUUGGACGAGUAGCUUAAACCAAAAGAUAUCCACAAAUGACAGUCCGCACUGGCACUAUUUGGAGGAAAUUGAGGACGCCGUCUCCCUUCGUAACUUGCUCACCCCGUUGUUAUCUAAAGAACCAAACUCCAGGCCAAAAAUUGACCUGGUUCUCGAACAUCCAUUCUUCUGGGAUGGUUUGAAAUUCAUCAAAUUCAUCACGGACACCGCGAAUGAACUGAAAAAAGUUAAGAAAGAACUCCGCAGUGAGCUUGAUGAAAAGUAUGACGCUUUUUGCAUGACCCUGUUCAAGACGCAUGUAAAUUGGAAGAUGCGACUCUGUGAUCUCGUGAGGUUGAAUCUGCUGGUUAAAUCCAAUCAUAGCAAGACUUACGAUGCUGGGUCGGUAUUAUCGCUCAUUGAAUUUAUUCGAGAUAAGGAGCAGCACGCUGUAGAGUGGAGGCAAAGUCAAGAUUUGGUCGAGUUAAGGGAUGUUCUGGGAACAACGGAUGAAGCUUAUGGAGAAUAUUUCACUCAACAUUUUCCUGAAUUGGCCACUUUUCUUUAUACGCACAUGCAAGAGAUAGAGUUUCAAAAUGUGUUUGUUAAAGUGAAGCAAGAAUUUUAUAAGCUGAAUUGCAAAUCUAUAUUUGAUAAGUUGUAAUAUCUUGAGUAAGGGUUUUUACGCAUUUACAUAAUUAUCUACACAUUUAACAAUAUUACAAUUCAUGACUUUGGGAGGACUUAGUUGUUAAAAUUCAUAAGAUAAUCACAUAUAAUGCACGUUUUGCCACAUGUUUUUAUUGAUGUAUGAAAUAAAUAUACGAAAUGCAUAAAU